CACAGAAUUCACCCAUCAUUUGUGAUAUACUAUAAUUUUUUAAAUUUUUAUUUAUUUUUAUAUUUCAGCUGGUAAUUAGAGAGCAGCUGAGCUUGAAGAAACUCUUGAAGAUUCCUUUUACAUGAUGCUUGGGGUUUCAGGCCUCAUCAGCCCCUCCGCCGCGGUGGCGGAGAAUCACGAGAGCGGCGGAGCCAGCGGCGGCAGCAGCGAGGUUGGCGCCGCGGCCAGCUCCGUCCUCGCGAGCGGCGCGGAUGAAAAUGAAAAAAUUGGCGGCGGCGGCGGCGGAAACCGGUGGCCGAGGCAGGAGACGCUGGCGCUGCUGAAAAUUCGAUCUGAUAUGGAUGUUACCUUUCGAGAUGCGAGCCUUAAAGGCCCAUUAUGGGAAGAAGUUUCCAGGAAAAUGGCGGAGCUUGGGUUUCAACGGAGCGCUAAAAAAUGCAAAGAGAAAUUCGAGAACGUCUUCAAAUAUCACAAAAGGACUAAAGAUGGCCGCGCAUCCAAACAAGACGCUAAGGCGUAUCGAUUUUUCGAUCAAUUGGAAGCUCUCGAGAAUACCUCUCCGAACAACCACCAUUUCAACCCUCCGCCGCCGCCGGCAAUGCCGACGCCUGUUGCGUCGGCGAGCCCGACGCCGCUCAGCGUAGUGCCUCCGAAAAAUAUAUCCGUUGGGAAUCCGAAUCCGAAUCCGAAUCCGAUAAUUACUUCUUCUUCUUCUUCUCCGUUUCAAUUGCAAUCUCACCAACAGCAGCAGCAGCAGCAGCAAUUGCAGCAGAUUCCGCCGUAUUUUUCGAAUUCGACGUCGUCGUCGACUUCCUCCGACGAGGAUAUACAGCGGAGGAGCGGGAGGAAGAGGAAGUGGAAGGAGUAUUUGGAGAAGCUGAUGACGGAUGUGGUGCAGAAGCAGGAGGAUCUGCAGAAGAAGUUUCUAGAAGCUCUGGAGCGGAGAGAGCGCGACCGCAUCGCCCGGGAGGAGGCGUGGCGCGUGCAGGAAAUGGCGAGGAUGAAUCGCGAGCACGAACUCCUCCUCCAGGAGAGAUCCGUCGCCGCCGCCAAAGACGCCGCCGUCAUCUCCUUCCUCCAAAAAGUCACCGGCCAAUCCAAUCUCCAGAUCCCUAAUUUCUCCCCAAUGCCGCCUCCGCAUUCAAAUCCUAAUCCAAUUCCAAAUCCGAAUUCAAAUCCGAAUUCGAAUCCAGCUCCGGCAGCGGAGCUGAAUCAGAUCCAGAUCCAGCAAAAAGCAGCGUCGUCCACGCCAUUAGAGAUCACGCCGCACAGAGAUAACAACGGCGGCGGAGAUGAUCAUAUUUCGCCGAGCUCGUCGUCGCGGUGGCCGAAGGCGGAGGUGGAGGCGCUGAUCAAGCUGAGGAAGGAUCUGGAAGUGAAGUACCAGGAGAACGGGCCGAAGGGCCCGCUGUGGGAGGAGAUAUCGAAGGCGAUGAGCGGGAUAGGUUACUGCAGAAGCUCAAAGAGAUGUAAAGAGAAAUGGGAGAACAUCAACAAGUACUUCAAAAAGGUGAAGGAGAGCAACAAGAAACGGCCCGAAGACUCUAAAACAUGCCCUUACUUCCACCAGCUCGACGCCAUGUACAAGGAGCGGGCUAAGAGCAACGUCCCCUCGUUCAACCUCGGGCCCAUCAUGGCCCGGCCCGAACAGCAAUGGCCUCAGCAGAUGCACGACCAAAAUCAUGACAAUGAGAGUGAGAAUCACGACGAAGGCGAUGAGAAUGAGGACGAGGACGAGGAAGUGGGGGAUUACGAGAUGAUCGCGACGAAGCAGCCGGCUAGUUCGGUGACGAACGCCGUGGAGGGAGGUUAAAGAGAAGGGGUUCAGAUCAAUGGCGGUGAAAAAGAUAUACGGUGAUGGAGAAGAGAGGGGUGUUUUUUUUUUAAUGUUUGUUGCUAUAAAUUAUUGAUUACUUUCAGAGGAAAUAAGUCAAGUUAGAUUAAGUUAAUCAGAAGAGGUAAUAAGGGGGGAUAAAAAAGUAUUUGUUGUUUUUUUUUUUUUUGGUUCGAUUCAUUUUUAUAUUUGAUCAUGGAGUGUAAAUUUCAAAGACUAUUGGAUUGAAUGUUUCAUUUUCUUUUUUU